AUGAGCGGUACUAUUAGCACGGAACGGAAAAUGGAAAUUAUGCAGCUAGAAAUGAAUGGUUUUGUGAUGCGUUUGGAACCGCGAAUACGUGGUCGAUUCAAUGAUUCACUUCGAAAGGUUCUGGUCGAAAGUUUAUUGGAUGGGACUGUGUUUGCCAUUGUCGAAUCACUCAGUGAUUUGCAACGCAUGAAUGAAACACAGCUUUAUAACGAUCGCCACCAGCGACUAAUGGAGUUGCAAUGCAUUCCUGAUUUGGAUGAACAAAUGAAACAAAUUGAUAUUAAUAUUGUGAAAGAGCUCGAUAAGAUAGUUGCACAACAGCAAGAUACAUUGUGCCGUGCCGGUGUUCCAGCAUUUCGCAUAACUACUAGUCCUCGAGAAAUCGAGCUGCAGAUGGCAAUUAUUAGUUUUAUUUUAACAGUUCGUACAAGACUUCUGUGA